CCUAGCUUGCUAUUUCUGUCAGCAGGAGAGCGGAGGGGGCAGGACUUGAGGGGCCGGACUUUUCUUUUCUGCAACUUGCCUCUGAGAAGUCUCUUUUCUUUUCCUCCUCCUCUGUACUGUCUGCUGACAACCCCAGCGGAAUUCACCAUCACCUCCAGUCGGCUUUUUGCAGCUCUUUUCGGAUGUACGAGGUCUUGUUUGGCUGGAUUAUUUUCAAGAUUUUGGACUUUUAAGAAGCAGUUAGGUGUUGCUGUGUUGUGUUUUACAAGAUGGAAUCAGCACCUACAGGAACAUCAUAAAGACAGACAUACAGAACAACAUAUUUCUUGCAGUGGCAGACUCCCCAGUAGCAGUGCCGGUGUCGUGUGCGGCCUUGUUUCCCAUGGACCUCAGGGUGGGAGAGCGGGGGAUGCGCCCUGGAUCGGACACGGCGCUCCUCACCCCUCUGCACCCGCCUCUACUCCUCACCCCCUUCUCCCCUCAGCCCCGCACCUCCUUCUCACAACAGCAACUGCACCAGCACAUUCGGUUUAAUAUGGAGCAGAGGAGGCGAGAGCAGGAGCACCACGAGAAACAGCAUGAGCUUCAGCAGCUAAAGCACAAAGACAAGAGUCAACAGAGUGCAGUCGCUAGUUCCCUGGUGAAACAGAAGCUGCAGGAAGUGAUUCUUAAGAAGCAGAAACAGGCGCUGGAGAGAACAACCUCCAACACGCUAAAUGGAACUCCUAUUGCUUACAGAAAGCUGGGCCCAGACCCCAGUUUGUCCUCCCAGGGUCCGGGCUCCUCUCCAUCUCAGCCUUCUGAAGGAUCAGAACGGACGCCACUGCGCAGAGCAGCGUCAGAGCCCAAUCUGAAGGUGAAACACAAGCUGAAGAAACACCUAAACACACGCAAGAGCCCGCUCACCCGCAAAGAGAGCGCCCCAGCCACUGUGAGGCACCGAGUGCCUGACACACUGGACUCGUCCCCCAGCAGCGGCAGCACUCCGGCCUCCGGCUGCAGCUCCCCCAACGACAGCCUGCCCCAUGAGAACGGGAUGCUGCCCUCUGCAGGCGGCCUCUCGCAUGAGGCGCAGAGGCUGCUGCUCAGAGACGGCACUCUGGCUAACUUCACCAUCCAGAGUCCCUCCACCCUGCCCACCAUCACACUGGGACUGCCAGCCAAUGCCAGGGCUGAAGGAGAGAUGUCCUCUCUCAGGCUGGGCCGGGUGCCCGUAGUUACAGCCGGGGGCUCAACGGUCUACCUCCCCCUGAGCAGAGAGGACCAGGCUGGGCAGCUGAACCCUCAUCUGCCUGUCAUCAUCCUGGAGUCCUCGGGGCUGGUACACACUCCGCUUCUCACAGUUCAAGGUUUAGACUCCGUCCCACUACAGUUCGACCCCCAGUUAGAUCACAUGGCCUCUGGAGGCGCUCAUCCUCACAAGCCCCUGAGCCGAACACGCUCGGAGCCCCUCCCCCAGAGCAUGCGGACCCUUCACUCACAUCUCCUCCAACAGCAGCACAACACACAACUACUGGAGAGGCUAUCUCACCUGGGCAAGCUGAUGUCUAAGUCCAGCGAGAAGCCCCGGCUGCAUCAGAUCCCCUCUGAGGACAUGGACUCAGAGGACGGCGGAGAGACGUCGCCCACAGAGCCAAACUAUCAGAGCAGAGUGAGGGCGGAGUCCCUGAGGGAGGCGGAAUCAACAGCAUCCAAGAGCCAGGAAGAGCAACUGAACCUGCAACAUGCACUCAUACUCAACCAGUCGUUGCUGUGGGAGCAGCAGAAGCAGCUGCAGCAGCUGCAUCGACAGAUGGAGACCCUGGCAGUGCCCAUGUUACGCGGCGGUGGGGGGGUUGGCAGUGGGUUGGGGGUCCAUCGCCCCCUGUCACGUACACAGUCGUCCCCGGCCUCCACCUGUCUCACUCUGCCUGAGAAAGCCCUGAGCCUGGCUACACAGGAGACCAGCAGCAAAACACGCUUCACCACCGGCCUGGUUUAUGACUCUCAGAUGCUGAAGCACCAGUGUACAUGUGGAGACAACAGCAGUCACCCAGAGCAUGCUGGGAGGAUACAGAGCAUCUGGUCCAGACUACAGGAGAGAGGCCUGAGGGGGCAGUGUGAGACUAUUCGUGGUCGCAAAGCCACUCUGGAGGAGCUGCAGUCGGUCCACACUGAGCGCCACGUGUUGCUCUACGGCACCAACCCGCUCAACAGGCUCAAACUGGACAACCGCAAACUGGCCGGAAUCCUCUCUCAAAGGAUGUUUGUGAUGUUACCAUGUGGGGGAGUAGGGGUUGAUAAUGACACCAUCUGGAACGAGUCGCACACUUCAACAGCGUCACGCAUGGCAGCAGGCAGCGUGGUGGAGCUGGCCGUCAGAGUGGCCAAAGGAGAGCUAAAGAAUGGCUUUGCUGUGGUCAGACCGCCAGGGCAUCACGCAGACCCCUCCAAUCCUAUGGGUUUCUGUUACUUCAACUCUGUGGCCAUAGCCGCCAAGCAGCUCCAACACAAGCUCAGCGUCAGCAAGGUCCUCAUCGUGGACUGGGAUGUUCACCAUGGAAACGGCACCCAGGAAGUGUUUUACAAUGACCCCAGCGUUCUCUACAUCUCACUUCAUCGCUAUGACGAUGGAAACUUCUUCCCUGGCAGUGGGUCACCAAUGGAGGUUGGGUCUGGAGCAGGCCAGGGCUUCAAUGUGAAUGUGGCAUUCACAGGAGGCCUGGACCCCCCCAUGGGAGAUGCUGAUUACCUCGCUGCAUUCAGGUCCGUAGUGAUGCCCAUCGCCCAGGAGUUCUCUCCAGACGUGGUUCUGGUGUCGGCUGGGUUUGAUGCCGCUGAGGGAAACCCCGCUCCUCUGGGAGGAUACAAGGUCUCCGCCAAAUGUUUCGGCUUCCUGACCCGUCAGCUGAUGUCUCUGGCAGGGGGUCGUCUGGUUUUGUCCCUCGAGGGAGGUCACGACCUCACAGCCAUCUGUGACGCAUCUGAGGCCUGUGUCAGUGCACUCCUGGACAUACAGGACCCACUGUCAGAAGAAGUCCUCCUCCAGAAGCCCAACGCUAACGCAGUGCGCUCCCUGCAGACCGUCAUUCAGAUACAAAGUCAGUACUGGCAGAGUGUGAAGGCCUACAGUGGAUCAGUGGGUCUGUCCUACCUUGCUGCAGAGAGGAGAGACUGUGAGGAAACUGAUGCGGUCAAUGCUCUGGCCUCACUCUCUGUGGGAGUGCUGUCCAACAAGAGCCUCCCUGACGAGCCGAUGGAGCAUGACAGUGACUCCAUGUAGAAAGAUCAGACCAAUCGCCUCACUGUCAGGAUUUGGGCGCCCACCUGUAGCCUUGGAUCUCCUGCGCUGUGACACAACCAUGAAUGGGGAGCGUUUGUAAUGCCACUGAGCCCCACCCACCUGCCUUAUUCACACACCAUCAGACACACAAUGCUGAAACCCAACAGGCCGGCAGUGUGAGCACGUCCAAGCUGGCAACCACUACCUUCUGAAACAUCACCAAAGAGCAAUACAAGACAAUGUCUUAUUACUUUUGAUGUCCUCUUACUGACAAUGGAUGGUGUGUGUGUUCAGAGGUCCAGGAACCUUAAAGGAACAGACAGAAUUCAGAUGUCCAGCUCUGAAUCCUCCUGAAGCACUAUGUACCAGCAGCCUUAACUAUGCCUUAACGUAAGGACCAGCAGAUUUCAGAAGGAAAAGACUUUGGAUCAUGAAUUCCUUUCUCUUCACGUGAAGAUACACCUGAUGGAUGCUCAAAUAUCAACAAGAAGGAAAGAAUAUGGAAAAUAGGACAUGGAGAUCGUCUGUUUGAAUGAUGUCAUUGCAUGCAGUUUAACCACUAGAAGAAAAUGAAGACACAAACUGUGGUUUUGUAGAAACAAAAAAAAGGAACAUUUCCUUUUAUUGCACUGUUCAUUCCAUAAUGUGAACCGUAAGAGACAUUCCAAAACCCUGGGAUAAAAAACAACAUCUCCUCUGUAGAUAAUUAAAAAGGAGGAUUUGGAUGACAUUUUAUUCGCUCUAUAUCUGAGAUGUCUUAAGUGAGGACACGUAUCAUCCUGAUACUGUAGACUGUAUUUUCUAUGAAGUUAAUCUAAAAAGUAGGCAAUAUUUUUCAAGCAGGAUUAUUUUUCCACUGCUGUUCAGUGUCUUGUACACACAUGUACAAAUCGACGAUGACCUUUCAAUGUACCACUAGUAUUGAAGACUGUAUAUUAUUGUUUAUAUUUGAGACUAAAGGAGCGUUCAUUCCACCGUGGCACCACUGAGGACCAUUCGUAUUGUUCUAUAGUUGCAAUAAUAUGAAUGCACUUAAAGGAUAUCACCCAAAGAAAACUGCCUUAAGACAGCACGCAACACAAGGGACCAGUUUGGAUUCUGCUGGACUUUUCAAAGACAACCUUUGGAUUUAGAAGAAUAUCUUGUAUGCAGACUUUUGUAUACCGUCUGUUUUGAUAAUGAAUGUUUUCUUUAUGUUCUUCAAAAAACAUCUAUGGAGAUCCAGGCUCUCUCACAGUCUAAUUAAGGAAACAUUGUGUUUUGUUUGCAACUGUAGCAGCUCUCCCUGUCACGUUACAAUCAAGCUAGACGGUGCCAUGCUAAACAAGUCGGCCCCUCAUCCACACGCAGGUCACGUUGCUCGUUCUUUUUGAAGAAUUGUUCUGACUGCCCAGCUGUAGGGGCAUGUAAGGGCUCUGCAUUCCAAAAGUAAAAAUAACAAGAUCGUGUUUCUUAGUUUGGAGGUUUUUGUUUGAAUCCAUUUUUCAUGCACUCUUCCUUUGACCAGGUUAGGCUUUUGAUGACCAAUACUUGCAUUGAUUAGAUUAAAGCUGCAGAAAACUGAGUCAAAAUGAUUACAUUUGACAUAAUGUGGCCAAAAAACAACAUAAAAUUCCAUAAUAAUUCCAUAUCUUAUUUUCUAAAAGUGAAUAUACACACUAAACCUCUGUAAGGAAAUUAAUGUUUGACUGUUAACAUGGUUUCAACAUCCAUGAUUGGAUUUAAAGCAGCACAAUCAGUUUUUUUGUAUCUUAUAGGAAAUAAAAACGGCAUGUAAAAGAAGCUUUUGUAAAUAGAUAAAAUAGCUUGAGAUUAGCACAGCAAGUUAAUGUGAAUGGUCGCUGGAAGUGUCGGUUAGCAUCCUGGUAGGAAACUGUAAGCGUUGCUUUAGUCGGACCCUGGGCAUCAUCUGCCCAACAGAAGGCCUCAAAGCGUUUAUAGGAAGCAAAAUGACAGAAGAGCUAAAACGUUUCUCCUUUGCAGAAGUCCCAUUGAGAAAUAUUGCAGGUAAAGGAUUCUGUAAUAGGUGUCAUUUUUUGUUUGUAUGUACAUAGUAUUCUUAACAGCAAGUGACGGCAUUGAAACUAAAUGCUGUGUCUCUAUUAUCCAGCAGCAGGUGCAUGUUGUGUCUAUGAAGUUAAUGUUGAGUGUGUGUUUGUCUGUGAAAUACUGCAAAUGACCUCCUGUAUCAUAUCCCCAGCACCUGUUUUUUGCCUUAAGGAGAGGCCAUUAGUGCCUCAACUCUUAAUUCCCUUUAAUACUGAUAAAAUGUGCACCUUUUCACUGUAAAUAGAAACUCCAAGACCAAAAUACACAUGUCACACAUGUGCCUUGAUGCAUUCAGCAGGAUGUGUAUUGGUGUCUCUUGACUAACUGGACUUACAGUAACUCUGUGUAUCUAUAAAUGUGACCUUGAAAUCUUUAUUUCAUGCUAUUCUUUAUUAUUUACCUGUAUUUUUACUGCACAUUUCCUACCAAGUGUAUGUAUAGAAAGAUUCUAUUUUGUACUGUUAUUUUCGUCUUUUCCUCUUGAUUAAAACAACAUAAUUUCCAGUA